CGCUACUCACCGUUUAUAGAAAAAGGUUCAAAUUGUUGAAAAUAAAACAAACCAAUUUUUAUCCGUCCUCGGACGCUCGAUAACAUAAUAUCUUCAUUCUCUCACGCUUUCUCAAAACUAUGUCUCUAUAUAUAAAGGACAGUCGGUUGGUCGGUCAGUCGGUCGUUUAAUUUCUUAAAACUGUCACAAAACGAAAGAUUUCAAAAAAUACUAUUUUAUUACUACGUACUAAUUUCACUCUGUGAACUAAAACUCUUACUGAAAAGCUCUUCAAAAUAAAAACAUUUUUAUAGAUAAAUAAAUAUAAAUAAGAAAUAUUUAUUAAAAAAAAAAUAUAUAUAUAAAUUUAAUAAUUAAAAAAAAGUUUAGUGUGUUUCGUUUUCAAAUUCAAAACUCUCGUAUCUAAUCUAUAACCUUAAAUAAAAAUAAAUAAUCAAAUACAUACUGAAGGGAGACUAAAACAGAAAAAUAUUUAAUAAAAUACUUAAAUUAAUAAAUGUAAAUGUUUUAGCGAAUGGUGUUUGAUAAAAUUCAAACCCCCCCUCGUCUAUGUCGUUUGUAGUUUUUAAAUAGUUUACUUUAAUCUUAAAUAAAGUGUUUAUCAAUAAAUAAAUUAAUUACAAAUAAAAUAAAACAAAAAGAAAACAACAAUUUAAAUACACAAUAUCGACUACAUUAUUUAGAAUCCCUUAGAGAACGCACAACAACAACAAAAAACUUUAGACAACUUUAAAAAUGACAAAAUAAAUAAAUAACAUCUAUACAAUUUGAAUAAUUAAAACGUUUUUAAAAACACUCCAAGUAAACACAAACACACAUAAAAAAGUGCUAUAAGAAAACAAAAAAAGAAGGACCCAUAAUCAUGAUGCCAAAUCCCAAUUUACUUUAUUUUACAUUCAAAUGUUUACGACUGAGCUUUAUAACAAGUCAUAGUAUAGCCUUAAGAUAGAGUGAUUGUGUCUGUGAUUUAUAUUAGUGAUAAGGAAAUAUAACCAAAAAUAAAGAAAACAAACAAAAACACCAAAUUUAUGCCAAUUGUGCUACAAAAAAAAAAAAAAAAAACAAAUUUACUUGCCGUCCUAAUACAACGGAGCAUAUAAUGCUUUAAAAGGAUAUCUCAUCAUGAAGAGUGUUAAGAAUUUCUUUAUUGAACGUUUACAUAGCGUAGACAAUUCGGAGCAGACAAAUUCGGGUAGCUGUAAAACCAAAGAGAAGACAACUACAUCAAGUAAAAGCACUGAUGGUAAUUCAACACCAUCGGCUAAUUCUGUUUCGGGCGAAGAGUCACCCUCCAACCCCUCGUUAUCGGCUCAAACUCCUUCGCAUGAGGGUGUUAAUUCAAAUGUAACUUCACCCACCACUGAUUUAUCAGCUGACAAAACCAUAUCAUGUCCUUUCGACUUCUCACCAACAGCAACAACAGCAGCUGUAGCAUUAGCAACAAAUCAAAAACAAAAAAAUCGCCGAAAGAUUUCUUUACCCUGGGGUCGUCAAAGUAGUAUUGCCAAAAAUUUGGGCUUAGCGCGUCAACAUACCAUCGAUACGCCCAGUUCUUUUCGUAUCUUUCGUCAGUCGAGUAGUAAAUUAAAGUAUCGACUACAUUAUUUAGAAUCCCUUAGAGAACGCACAACAACAACAAAAAACUUUAGACAACUUUAAAAAUGACAAAAUAAAUAAAUAACAUCUAUACAAUUUGAAUAAUUAAAACGUUUUUAAAAACACUCCAAGUAAACACAAACACACAUAAAAAAGUGCUAUAAGAAAACAAAAAAAGAAGGACCCAUAAUCAUGAUGCCAAAUCCCAAUUUACUUUAUUUUACAUUCAAAUGUUUACGACUGAGCUUUAUAACAAGUCAUAGUAUAGCCUUAAGAUAGAGUGAUUGUGUCUGUGAUUUAUAUUAGUGAUAAGGAAAUAUAACCAAAAAUAAAGAAAACAAACAAAAACACCAAAUUUAUGCCAAUUGUGCUACAAAAAAAAAAAAAAAAAACAAAUUUACUUGCCGUC